AUGGCGAAGAAGCGACGCACUAAUCGACCAGCCGAUGGCUCCCUUCCAGCAUCCAGUCCGAAGCGCGUGGCUACGGAAAUGUCACAUCUUGACGGCCUUCCGGAAGAGCUCCUUGACAUCGUUGUCCGUCAGCUAGAUACCAAGGACCUGAACAACAUGGUACGGGUGUCGCACAAGCUGCAUCGCAUCGCGGAACCUCACCUGUACGCCAGCUACCACAACCCCAUCAAAAAAGUUACGGAAUACGAACAAUUCCAACUGCUUCAUCGAACCCUGGUCAGGCGGCCCGACUUGGCGAACAGAAUGCAUAGCGUGAAGCUCAAGUGGGAACCCAUGUGGUCGGGCGGCGUCUUUUUGCACAAGAACUACAUAAGUGAGGUUAAGCCAGCGAAGCACGUCCAGGAGCUGCUUCAGGCGGCAAAAUGUGUCGCGAUGGGUCACGAGGACAAAGCGAUAUUUCUACGGCACCUAGAAGAGGGGACGGAAGGCGCUGAGGUGACGCUGUUCCUUGCGCUGCUGCCGAACUUGCGACGCCUAACUAUCGGGGUGAAUGUUUGGGGGCUCAUAGACCGCUCACUCAUCCGAUUGCUCAAGGCUACAACUGCCAGCCAAGCAAUAACUGCAUCAACGCCGUUUUCAAAUCUCUGUACCCUUAAACUAAACAACAAUUUUCUAUGGCCCCACGAAAGCGCUGCGACGCUGAUUUCCUUCCUUACCUUGCCCUCGCUGCGCAAAGUACACUGCAAAUACAUCAUAUUUGACAGACCCCAACAAUGGCCCAUUCAGAAGUCAAACGUCUCGCGCGUUGUAUUCGAACAGAUUGAUGGCGAAAUUGAGGAUGUCGUCGGCUUCUGCAACGCGUGCAAGGCGCUAAACACCCUCUCCGUGGAUUGGACGGAAGUGGAUCACACACCCACUGACUUUGCCGAGCUGCCCACCGCCCUGCUCCUACAUCGCGACUCGCUCGAGACCCUCGUACUCGAUAUAACUGACAAAGGUUCAGUUGAGUGGGAUGAUACCACGCCACUCCUACAAGGUGGCCUGAAACCGCUACAUCGGCUGCGGUUCCUCUCGGUUACGUUUUCGUUUUUUUUGGGGAGCUCGUACGAGGAGAUCGAGUCUACGGCGCUGCUAGACUGGUUCCCAGUGUCGCUGGAGGUUUUGGCUAUCAACUCCGAGGUUACGUACGAGUCUUCCUUCCACAACUUCUUGAAGUUUUUGGCAGGUGCUGGAAGAGCGGCGAUGCCGAAGCUGAGACGUAUCGAAGUUCCGAGGGAGCCUAACGGGAUAAUUAAAGAUUCGGAGGACGAAGAAACCUGGGAGGACAUAUUAGAGAGCCUUGGACCGAUUUUCAAGAGCUGGAGUGUCGAGCUCGUUUCGAAGACCUCGAACCACUUUGCGAAUGCGACUCCACCGCAUGUCCGUCCGCUACAAGACCUCCGCUUACCCACCAUUUUCGUCAACACCAUCAAAUGGUCCAUGGUCCUGGCUAGCCAGCACCAUAGCCACUGA